AUGUCUCGCAUGUGGGAAGUCGACCCGGAGACGAGGACAAAGCUCCUCCAAAUCUCCAAGACCAACGGAAAUGACAGGUGCUGCGAUUGCGGAGCGCCUUCACCUCAAUGGGCCUCCCCCAAAUUCGGAACCUUCAUCUGCCUCAACUGUGCAGGCACACACCGCGGGCUCGGUGUACAUAUCUCCUUCGUCCGCUCAAUCACCAUGGACGCCUUCAAACACGCAGAGAUCCAGCGCAUGGAACUAGGAGGCAACGAGCCAUGGAAAUCCUUCUACGACGCCCACCCAGUCACCACCUCCGAGGGCCGCACAUUCGAAGACUCAACCAUCAAGGAGCGUUAUGAAGGUGACGCGGGCGAGGAGUGGAAGGAGCGCCUUUCUUGUAAAGUUGAGGGCCGCGAGUAUGUGCUCGGUCAGGAGAAGAAGAACAAUAAUGCCUCGUCGCGGUCUAGUACGCCGAUGAGUGCUGCCGGCGCGGGCGCUGGUGCUGGUGUUGGCGCGAGGACAGGCUCGCCUGCUACGUCUAUUCGCUCUGAUAGUCUGCGCGGUGGUGCGGGUGUGGGUGCGUCCAAGAAGGAGCAGAAUGAGGCUUACUUUGCCAAAAUGGGUAAUGAUAAUGCUACUCGCUCUGACGCGCUGCCUCCCUCGCAGGGUGGGAAAUUCACCGGGUUCGGUGGUGGUGUGCCUCCACCCGCAGCGGGAGACCGCGGAGGUGGAGGGCCGGCCUUGGAUGAUUUCCAGAAAGAUCCCAUGGGCAGUCUCACGAAGGGAUUUGGCUGGUUCGCGUCGACGGUUGGAAAGGGUGCUAAACAAGUCAACGAUUCAUACCUCCAACCAACAGCGAAGCAACUCGCCGAGUCGGACUUCGCCGCUCAAGCCCGAGUGCAGGCAACCAACUGGGGUCAGAACUUUCAAACCGGAGCCCGCAGUGCGGCAGAUCAAUUCAACCGUUUCGUCGAGGGUGAUGAUGGGGGUCAUGGUCGUGGCGGGAGCAGUGGUGGUGGUGGUAGCUCCGCUACUCGCUCCAAUGUUGAUCCCGAGCGUCGCGAUUUCUGGGAUGACUUUUCUUCUAUCGGUGCGCAACAGCAACAGCAGCAGCAGCAGCAGCAGGAGAUGUCGGGUCAUCAGCGCAGUGGGUCACGGUCUGGCGUUAUUGGUACUGCUGCUAUGCGGAAGAGUCCUACGCCUGCGGCUUCUUCUUUGUCUAACGAGACUACUGCCCCGUCUGGUGUAGAGGGCGCCGAGGCGGGUCCCACGAAAUCCAAGCCCAAGGAGAAGGAUGACUGGGAUGAAAGCUGGUAA